AUGCCGUUUUUUAUUCUAUUACUUUUAAUUGUACUGUGUUUAGUGUUACUGUUAACAAUUCUUCAUUAUACGACUAAUGGAAGAAAGUAUUGGUUUUUAAGAAAUGUGCCUUAUAAAGAACCGUGUCCCAUUUUCGGAAAUUUUGGUGCAACUCUAACAAUGAGGCGCAGCUAUACAAGCAUGUUACAAUAUUUUUAUGAUUUUUAUAAGAAUGAGAAAUAUGUUGGCAUUUUUCAAGCUCGGAGACCCACACUGUUCUUGAUAGACAUAGAUAUUGUUAAAAGUGUGCUAUCGAAAGAGUUCCAGAGCUUCAGCGAUCGUAUAUCGGUCUCAACAGACACCAAAAGAGAACCCCUACUCAGAAAUUUGGCAAAUAUGAGUGGAGCUGAAUGGAAAGCGAUGAGACAUAUAGUUACCCCAUCAUUUUCGUCUGCAAAAAUGAAAGCUAUGUUCCCAUUGAUUGCGGAAUGCGCGAAUGGUUUCAAGGGAGCACUGAACCUGGAGCCGAGAGACGAAAUCAAUGUCCCACAAUUAAUGAGCCGGUUCACCACCGAUGUGAUAGGCAGUUGUGCAUUCGGCGUGGACCCUGGAUCGAUGAAGAAUCCCGAAUCGCCAUUUUUAGUUAUGUCUCAAAAAAUGUUUAAGACAGAUCGCUCCACUAUACUUAAAAGAUACUGUCGAACAUUUUUUCCAUGGCUAUUUAAGUUUUUGAAUCUCAAGACAUAUCCGAUAGACGUUGAAGUGUUUUUUACUGAUAUCAUAAACCAAGUGUUGACAACAAGACGCACCACGGGAGUUCAGAGGCAUGACUUUUUGCAGCUGAUGUUGAACGUACAAAAAACAGAGAAAGAAUUUUGUAUGACGGAUGAGCUGAUAACAUCGAAUUCUUUUAUCUUCAUGCUCGCUGGAUUGGAAACAUCUGCCACCACGUUAUCAUUUUGUUUGUAUGAGCUGGCUAAAGAUUUCGGUUUGCAGACUAAACUGAGGACUGAGAUUAGAGAAUGCUUGGAAAGGUGUAGUGGUUUGAAUUAUGAUGCGGUCUGUGCAAUGCGGCUGGUGAACCAAACUGUGAUGGAGACUUUGAGAAUGUAUCCACCCACUCCUCUCACAACGAGACUGUGUACGACUCCUUGCACUCUGGAAGGAACGGAGCUUAGUUUUAAGAAGAGAGAUGCAGUGCUCAUUCCUUUGUAUUGUAUACAGAGGGACGCUAGAUAUUUCCCCGAUCCGGAUAAAUUCAAUCCAGAACGUUUUAGCGAAGGUGCAAAUCCUCAAGCGUUUUUAGCGUUUGGUGAUGGACCAAGAAGUUGUCCCGGAGCGCGCUUCGGUCAACUUACAGUUGUAGCCGGUCUCACGGGAAUCCUCAGUAACUUCGUUGUUGAACCAUGUUCUAAAACCACACCCACUAUUCAAUUUGAUCCACGAAGCGUUAUGCUCAAAAACAAAGGUGGCAUAUGGUUACGAUUUAAACCAAUAUGA